AUGCCCUCGGCUUCUGAAGCCCACAUUGGACGGCUCCGAUUCGUGAUGUCAGGUGGCGAUUCUCCUGAAAGCAGCCCCGUCUCAUCUCCGUUGCGGCGAAAGCGGGCACGCACGGACAAUGCCAGUGAUCGUGCUGCCGAUGAUGAGUCGGACUUCGCAGAGGGUAACGAGGAGGGCUCAAUAACAGGGAACAACGAGAACAUUGACCCAAGCAUUGUCAAUGACCCGGCCGGCACCAUCUCUUUCAGUCCGGGCAUCCUUCAACCCCGUGCCACAGGUGGCACGACUGACACCGGUCGCCUCCAACAGUUCGCGCACCGGUAUUCUAAGAAGCUCAAGCUCACGAAAGAGCAACAAGACCGAGGUGACGACUUCAAUGCGCGCAGUCUUUCUGAACGACUUUACAUCCUGUGGGCCGGCCAACAGGCCCUUCGCAACCAAGUCGACAAGAUUGUGACCGCACAGCCGCUGUACGCUGUAUCGAACAGCCUUAAGAAAUCGAUUGACAAGUACGCGCUUGCGGCGCUACUGUCCGCUAAGAUAUCCCACUACAAAGGGGACAUUCCACGGAUCCAUGUAGAGGGUCUCUUGAAGAAAUAUCAAGAACAUGAACUCCCGCGCGAUCUCGAGCGGAACCCGGCCGACUGGAGCAAAGUCCAGAGUCAGAUCCAGUACUCUUUGACCCAGCUCCGGUCGAAGUGGAAGAAAGCGAUCGCAGCCAGUAUCAAAAACAAAGACAAGACCAAAUGCACAAAUAUCUACAAGCUUGCUCAGAAUCUAGCGACUUCGAAGAAUACUGUAACUGCCGCGCUGUGCACCCGUGUUGCUGUGAUGAGAGAGGUAUACAUCGAGAAGUAUGGGCACGAAGCUGCGCCUGGUCAUGAGAGCCCACAAGCAGGUGAAGAUGAUGAUGAGCCUGGGGGGAAUGCAGACUACUGGUUUGCUAUGGACGGUCGACUCGAGCUCAUACGGGAGCUGGCUGGAGGGGAUAAGAAGAAAAUAAGCCGAGCAUUGAAGUCGAUCCUGAAGGAUGACCGGAAGACAUAUGGUAUCUUCGCUGAGUCGGAGGGGGCUGAAGGGGACCAGGAAGAGAAUGACUUCCAGCAAGAGGUCGACGAGGUUGUCGGCAAUGAGGUGUAG